AUGGAGCUUAAUCUUGAACCCGAUAUGCAGUUGAUGCAGGAUUAUCUCAAACGCAGAACCGGUGGUAUUCGAACGGUACCACAACUAUAUGUUAAUGGAAAGUUUAUUGGUGAUUAUAAUACAAUUGAACAAAAAGAAAGAAACGGUGAAUUAGCAAGAGUAUUCUUUCGAGCGGGUAUAACGCCUAGGAGGUCACACUUGGUGCCACGCAAAAGAAAAUGUUAG